AUGAGUGAAUGGGUACCAAACCAAGAUGGUUUAAAACAGUUAGUUUAUGUUUUAAAUUUAUCAAAUUCAACAUCAAGAGAAGUUCAUGACCAAAUUAGAGAGGAAUUAGAUAAAUUCCAUUCAGUACCAGAUUAUAAUAACUAUCUAACACUUAUAUUCAAAAGUAAUGAAUUACAACCACAUAUUAGAAGUGUUGCAGGUUUAGUUUUAAAGACUAAUAUCAAACAAUACUUUGAAAAAAUGCCAAGAGAAGUUCAAAACUAUAUCAAAAGGGAGAUUUUACCAGUUUUAUCUGACCCAGAUGCUUCAGUUCGUCAUACAGUUGGUAAUAUCAUUACAAAUUUAAUUAAAAAGAGUUGUUUUUCUGAAUGGCCAGAAUUAUUACCAGCAUUAAAUUUAGCAUUAGAUAGUAAUAGUCAAGAUUUAAUUGAAGGUUCACUUUAUACAUUAUCAUUGUUAUGUGAAGAUUCAACUAAAAAACUUGAUUCAGAUGAUAGUGGUAGAGCAUUGAAUCAAUUAAUUCCAAAAUUGAUUAUGUUUUUCAAAUGCAAUAAUGCAGAUUUCAGAAAGAAAGCAUUGGUAUCCAUUUCCUAUUUCAUUAUUAGUAUGCCAGGAGCAUUGCUUAUCAAUAUGGAAGCAUUUUUAAAGGGUAUCUUUUCAAUGAGUGAAGAUCCAUCAGAAGCUGUUAGAACCAAUGUUUGUAAGACAUUGGUUACCUUGGUAGAGACAAAGAUCGAAUUUUUACUACCAUACAUUAAAGAUGUCAUUCAGUAUAUGUUACAUGCUACCAAAGAUAAAUCUGAAGAGGUAGCAUUGGAGGCAUGUGAAUUUUGGACAGCAAUAUCUCAAGCUGAAGGUUGCAGAGAUUUAUUAAGAGAUUAUUUACCAGUAUUAGUACCAAUUCUAUUGAAUGGUAUGGUUUAUACCGAACAAGAUUAUGAAUAUUUAGAUCAAGGUGAUGAUUCAAUGACACCUGAUAGACCACAGGAUAUUAAGCCAUUUAUAGCAUCAACUAAAUCACAUGGUAGUGGUAGUAGUGGUGGUGGGCAAGAUACAGGUUUUGUAAAUCCAGAUAAUAAUAAUAAUAGUAACAAUAAUAAUAGUAGCAAUAAUAAUAGUAGCAAUAAUAAUAAUAAUAAUAAUAAUGAGGAUGAUGAAGAAUAUAAUGAUGAUGAUGAUGAUGACGAUGAUGAUGGAUUUGAAGAUGAAGCAUGGACAAUUAGAAAGAGUUCAGCUUUUGCAAUUGAUGUUUUAUCAGGAAUAUUUCCAGAUGCAGAAUAUUUAUCAGUUACAUUACCAUUGAUUGAACAACGUAUGAAUGAACAAAAUCCAUGGCCAGUUAGAGAAUCGGCCAUUUUAGCAUUGGGUGCAAUUGCAGAUGGAAGUAAGAAUGGAUUGGCACCUCAUCUUUCAAAAGUAAUACCUUAUUUAAUCAAUACAUUGAAUGAUCCAAAACCAUUGGUACGUAGUAUAACAUGUUGGACAUUAUCACGUUACUCCUAUUGGAUUGCACAAGCGGAUGGACGUGAUUACCUUCAUCCAUUGGUUGUCAACUUGCUUAAUCGUAUCGUUGAUAACAAUAAAAAGGUUCAAGAAGCAGCAUGUUCAGCAUUUGCAACAUUGGAAGAGGAAGCUGAUCUCCUCUUGAUACCAUAUCUUCAAAUGAUUUUGGUCACAUUUGUCAAUGCAUUUGGAAAAUAUCAAGCAAAGAAUCUCUUGAUUCUCUACGAUGCAAUCUCAACAUUGGCCAAGGUGGUAGGUAAUGAAUUGAAUAAACCAGAGUUGAUCAAUAUAUUGGUACCACCACUCUUACAGAAAUUCAAUGCAUUGGAUGAUUCAAAUAAGAAUCUAUUACCAUUGUUGGGUUGUUUGAAUCAAGUUUGCUCCUCCAUUGGUGCAGGACUUCAAAAUUUAAUUUCUUUGUUUUUCAAUCGUUCAAUUAAAUUAAUUGAAGGUUCAUUACAAGCUCAUUAUAAAUAUAAUAAUCAAGAUCAAAAGGGCUCAUCAUCGUCGUCUGAUCAAGAUUUCAUUGUUGCAGCAUUGGAUCUCUUACAAGGUCUAUCCGAAGGUAUUGGUACAUCGAUCGAAUCACUCAUUCCAAAUAGUAAUUUACCUCAUCUCCUCUUACAAUGUAUGAAUCUUCGUGGCUCCGAUGUUUUACAAUCAAGUUUUGCACUUCUUGGUGAUAUGAGUAAAUUCUGUCUCAUUCAUUUCAAACAAUACAUACCAGACUAUUUAAAUAUCCUCACAAACAAUCUAUAUCCAGAGUAUUUAUCGGUUUGUAAUAAUGCAAGUUGGGCAAUCGGUGAAAUUGCCAUUAGAAUGCCUGAUGAAGUUAAACCAUUCGUGGUUGCAAUUCGUGACCGUUUAAUUUCAAACAUCAAUAAAGUCAAUUUAAAUCGUGGUGUACUUGAAAAUACCGCUGUAACCAUUGGUCGUUUGGGUAUCGUUUCACCUGCUGAUAUCUCUCCAUUUGUCGACAAGUUUAUUCAAUGUUGGUGUAUGGCCAUUCGUAGAAAAACUGAUGAUAUUGAAAAGGAUUCAGCUUUUCGUGGUAUGUGGUUAAUCAUUAACAAUAAUCCAAAUGGUGCUUUACGUCAUUUAGUUUACAUUUGUGACGCUGUUGCCUCUUGGGAUAAAAUGCAACCUGAUCUCUAUGAAGCUUACUUUAAACUUUUACAUAUGUAUAAAACUAGUAUGGGUGGUGUUUGGGCUCAAUUCUAUAAUCAAUUUCCAGAACAACUUCGUGAAAUUUUAAAUGAGAAAUUUAAAUUGAAUCAAGAUAUAUCUCAAUAA